AUGCUCAUUGAUGGCGAAAAAGAUACCAGCGAAUACUGGCGGGAAACAGAAGUUCUGUCAUUGGUGAUGAAUAAUGAAGCCGAUAUAGAUUACGAUAAAUGCAACCAGCACACCCCAGAGAAGAUUGUGGUGCAGUUCCCGAGCCUGAGGACCGUGAGACCCAUAUGUAGGACCAAUAAUGAUUUCCAACUGUGCCCUCAAUGUCCCAGAUUCAAUAAUCAAACAGAAUGCGACUUGUUCCGAGAUUCCUGCAACCGUCGUAGCUAUCGUUUCGAGCCGCCCACAUCAGACGACUGCCCUCUCUCGUGUAGAGGCUGGGAGUGCUCGGGAGGCCAGGUGCCAGAGGAGAGAUGUCCUCUUGGAGCCUUCCUUCCAGAUAGGGAGACCUGUAACUGCUGCGGCAGAUGCAGCACUUACCAACAGCUGAACCAAAAAUGCGCUGAGUUCAAGAAGACUGUCCACGUUGUAAAUGGCUCCAGGGAGACGGAGGUGGAGGAAGAGUUUCUCGAGCCUGGUUGUGAUGAUGGCCUGGUCUGUAGGCAGGGUCUGUGUCAAGAUAUACAUUCCGUGCCAACCCCACCGGGGCUGAGGAGGAAGAGGGAUGAGGGUCUUAUAGAAGCAAACGAACCUUGUAAGAAAGAGUUGAAGUACUUCAAGAAAAAAUACGGCAAAGAUGGGCACUUGCAUUACAACGCACCUCAAUGUACACCACUCUGGUUAUACGCACCCGUUCAGUGCCGUCGUUUCGUGUGUUACUGUUCGCUAGAAGAUGGAACCUUCAUCCAAGGCAUUAGAGUGCCCCGUGUGGAAGUCUCCAAUAUGAAUUGUGACUGCGUCCGAGAAAAAUGUCGUACCGGUUCUGACGUUGAGUGUGAUGGAUACGGUAACUACAAGGAGGCGAUGUUUUCACCACAUUUGGAAGUAGUUCGUCAUGUGUCUUACAGCACUACAACUACAAAAAAGAAUUCGCUUAACUUCAGGACCGGCUACGAAGCGGCGUUACCAGCUAAGCCGAUACCAUUCUAG